CCCCGGCUAACGAGCACCUCCUUUCCGCUCGCUUGUGGGAGACGAAAUGGUCUGGGAAGGGAAGAUCGCUCGAUCUGCUCUUCACCGUGCGUCCAAUGUGCCCAGUGACGUCACACUCUUCGACUUCGUCUUCGUUCGCAACAAUCCCUCUCGUUUUGGGGAUGCUCCUUUCCUUACCGACAGUGUGAGCGAGCAGAAACUGCGGUACGAUGAGGUGGAGGGGAGGGCGAGGCGAAUGGCGUCGGCACUACGCAAGCGCGGACUGGGACUCCGCCCCUCCUCUGUCGUCUGCUUCCACGGUCACAACCACGUGGAUUACUUCCUUGCCAAUCUGGCCGUCGUCGCUUGUGGGGCCACCUCCCUCCUUCUUCCCUUCUCGCCUCUUCUUCCUCUGCUCCGCCCUCCCCGAGUCUCACCGGAAGCGACCGGGAUUUGUGGCGCUCCGGUUGCGGAGGUCUCAGGCGUCCUCUCAGGUCAGAAGGUCUCAGGCGUCCUCUCAGGUCAGGAGGUCUCUGACGUCCUCUCAGGUCAGGAGGUCUCUGACGUCUUCCCCAACCCUCGCGUCCUCCCGCCCUCCGAUGAGUGUUCCGGAUUCCCCCGACGUCAAUCAGCUCCUCCGCUGACGGAUUCCAGCCCCGAUGCGGCUGGACGGGAGGCGGCCGUCGCGGUCCGGGACGAACCGAGGCGAGAAGUCCCGAGGCCCAAAGUCGCGGAUUCGUUUGACAAAGUCGGCCGGAAGGAGGUUUACGGGAAGUGUGCGUAG